CAUGCCAUCCUUGCUUGUUCAGCAGGAAUUUCACUGCGCGUGCGGUUGUUGCAGAAAAACACAAGCAUCGGAGAGACAAUAGAGAGAUUGAAGAAAGGGUUGACUGCUGGGUAACACUACAUCCACUUUGAGGAUAAACUGACAAGCAGUCAUCUGUGUCCUGAAUGUCACAAGAGCCACAACAAACCUUCAGACUGACCCCUCAACCCAAACUAUGAAUACCCUCAACUCAGCUCUUUAGUGUUGAAGUCUGUGUUCAACAGAGUAGGGUGAAUUUGGGGGUGUUUUAGGUAGGAUUUUUGGGGUUGUGCCAGCCGGGUGGUGUCCCAUGGCGAUUAACAGUGAGGCGGGGGACUGGGCCGAGGCUGGGAGUGAAGAUGCUGGUGAGAGAGCGUGGUUACUGCAGAGCCCCAGUGUGGAGUCCGUUCGGCCCCCUGUGUCAGACAGGGAGAGGAGUGGAGGGGUGUCGGCCACAGCCGCUGUCUUCAUUGUGGUGAAUGCUGCGCUGGGGGCAGGACUACUCAACUUUCCCGCCGCCUUCAACAUGGCUGGAGGCGUGAUUGCAGGGGUGGUGCUACAGAUGGCCAUGCUGAUUUUCAUAAUCAGCGGUCUGGUGAUCCUGGCAUACUGCUCCCAGGUCAGUAAUGAGGGCACCUAUCAGGAGGUGGUGCGGGCAUCGUGUGGGAAGGUCACAGGGGUCAUCUGUGAGGUGGCCAUCGCCGUCUACACCUUUGGCACCUGCAUUGCCUUCUUUAUUGUCAUUGGAGACCAGCUGGACCGCUUGAUAGCUGCAAUAGCCCAUUUGCCAGAUGGUGUGGUCGGUGGUCACUGGUACAUUGACCGUAAGUUCACCAUUUGUGUGACUGCCAUCCUGGUCAUUCUGCCUCUCUCCAUCCCCAAAGAGAUUGGCUUCCAGAAAUACGCCAGUGCCCUGAGUGUUGUUGGCACCUGGUAUGUCACCAUUGUGGUAAUCCUGAAAUACAUCUGGCCUGAUAAAGAGAUGACCCCCGGCUACAUUCCAACCAGCCCGUCCUCCUGGAGUGCAGUGUUGAACGCCAUGCCCACCAUUUGCUUUGGCUUCCAGUGUCAUGUGAGCAGUGUGCCAGUGUUUAAUAGCAUGAGAAGGAGUGAGAUCAAGCCCUGGGGAGGUGUGGUCACCGUCGGCAUGAUCAUCUGCCUCUUCGUCUACACUGGCACAGGUGUCUGUGGCUUUCUGUCAUUUGGGUCUAACGUCAGUCAGGAUGUGCUGAUGUCAUAUCCUCCUAACGACAUCGCCAUGGCAAUCGCAAGAGCCUUCAUCGUAAUCUGUGUUAUCACCUCCUAUCCCAUUCUACACUUCUGUGGCCGGGCGGUGCUUGAGGGGCUAUGGCUCCGUUUCCGUGGCGAGCAGGUGGAGUUGUGUGUGAGGCGUGAGCGGAGACGCAGGGUGUUGCAGACGCUUGUGUGGUUCACGAUCACACUCGUCCUUGCGCUCUUCAUCCCCGACAUUGGCCGAGUCAUCUCCCUCAUCGGAGGACUGGCAGCCUGCUUCAUCUUUGUCUUCCCAGGUCUGUGUCUGAUUCAGGCAAAGCUCUCAGAAACAGAGGUCCGAUCUGCUAGCUGGCAUGGGAUGGUGGUCUACGGUGUCAUCAUGGUAACCAUCGGCGCUUUCAUCUUUGGCCAGACCACCGCCAAUGCCAUCUAUCAAGACAUCAUCCACUAUCCGGACAGCCAAUAGAAUUCUGACCAGCAAGACUCUUUGCUGGAUGAGGAGGGGAUGCAGGUCUAUGCUGCUAUUCUGAACUUUAUUGACUUAUAUCAGGAUGUGGAGGAUCCAACACACAUGCAAACACACUCCCUCCUGUGACCUCUCCUGCAUGCCGCACGUCUCGUUGUCUCCCUGACGAUGAAACCGCUCCAUAGCACUCGUGUCACCCAUGGAGCGAUGCUCUUGGAUUGGAUGAGAGUCCUGAGAGCAACCACUGACAAGGGACCUAUCUUGUCUUUUAAAAAGAUUAUGCCAAUUUUAUGUUGCUGUUUUUAUUUAAUUCUAUUGUGGGAGUAGUCCUGUGUUUUGCCCCGUUGUGGGCAGCAGUACCAAAUCCGUCUUGACAUUCUCAGCCCCUCCCUAUGCUUUUCCCUGCUGGCCCAGCAUGCACAACCACAGGUGGCAUCCCAUCCCUCAAGAAACUGGGCAGUGGGAGAGGGUACCUCUCCCCCUGGGUACCUCUGAUAGUUGUUGUUACUGAUGAGUAAUGAACAUACUGUUUUAAGAAUGUGGCCAAACAUUUCCAUCCAUUUUUGUAUUACUUUUACAAUUCCAAUGAUCAAGUGGUUUGAAGACGUAUCCUGAAAUUGUAGUUCUUAAACCUGUAAUGUGGCAAGUGUAUUAUAAUUUUAAGCGAUUUUGAAUGCCUUUGAGAUUUCAGAAGUCUGGGGUCUUAAGCUGAUUCCUGAAGUUAAACGAUUGUAUUGGGCCUAGCUUUAAGGGACAAAAAGCUAUCAUGUUCAAAGGGAUUGUUCCCUCAGGGCAGAAAUUACUGUUUUAGAAUUACUUGAAUGAGAUUGGAAAUGCUCAUUACUUUUGUUUUAUGAUUUGUAUUCCAUAAUUGGAGCCAAGGGAAAUCGUUUUUUUCUGAACUGAACCAAUUUAGUCAUCUGGUUGAACAAUAAGCAGUCGUAAUCCUGACUUCUCCUGUUAUCAAUCUACAUUUUAAUAAACUGAUGGUUUUGUCAUUGAA